AGGAAUUAGACUGGAGGAGUCACUUCGUCGCUGUGCCUGUUUAUUCUUUGGAUCUGUUUCAACCACUUAUUUAAAAAAAUAAGGUAUUUUUUUGAACCCUGUGUGCCAAGGCACUUUGCUCUGAGAUUCUUUAAAAAUAUCUAUAAAAAGCCAAUAAACAAAAAUAUUAAAGUUCGAAUCAGAUAUCAAAAAGCAAAGUGUUGUGCAACUAGGGGAAAUUCUGGCUCCGGGUUCUUGAUAACUCAAGGAGCAAAAUAGAGUGACUCCUGCUUUAAUUGAGUGCCAACUCUGAAACUGUUACGUGGUGCGUUAUGGAUGCAGAAUCUGAGGGGGAAGCUGGCCUUGGGGCUUCUUUCAUCUCAUCAUGUUUUACCCCAAUCACACAUCCACACAAGUGCUUCUCUUGACAUUUCCCGGAAAUGGGAGAAAAAGAAUAAAAUUGUUUAUCCUCCACAAUUACCUGGAGAACCUCGGAGACCAGCAGAAAUCUACCAUUGUCGAAGACAAAUAAAGUACAGCAAAGACAAGAUGUGGUAUUUGGCAAAACUGAUACGAGGAAUGUCCAUUGACCAGGCUUUGGCUCAAUUGGAAUUCAGUGACAAAAAAGGAGCCCAAAUAAUUAAAGAGAUUCUUUUAGAAGCACAAGAUAUGGCAGUGAGAGACCACAAUGUGGAAUUCCGAUCCAAUUUGUAUAUAGCUGAGUCCACCUCAGGGCGAGGCCAGUACCUGAAACGCAUUCGAUACCACGGCAGAGGUCGCUUUGGGAUCAUGGAGAAGGUCUAUUGCCAUUAUUUUGUGAAGUUGGUAGAAGGCCCCCCACCUCCGUGUGAGGCACCAAAGACGGCAGUCACCCACGCCAAAGAGUAUAUUCAGGAGCUGCGGAACCGGACCAUCAUUCACACCCUAUGAGGGGGGAAUUCAGACUCCACACUGUAUAUAGUUUGCCAUUUAUUUCCUAAAAACAAAUAGUAAUUAAAGACAAAUGCUUUUUAUAA